AUGUUCUCUAAAGGGAAGAACUGGAUUCAGCAGGCUGUAUGGAAGCCGAAAAAUCUUCAUUCUCUGGAGCACUUGAAAUUUUUACAUCAUGUUCUAAUGAAGCACCAAGUUGUUACAGAACAAAAUAAAAGUUUACUGGUUGAAACAUUCCGAUCUAUAUCGGAAAUACUUAUCUGGGGCGAUCAAAAUGACAGUUCUGUCUUUGAUUUCUUUCUGGAGAAGAACAUGUUGUCCUUUUUCCUGAAGAUUCUUCGCCAACCGUGCGGCCGUUAUGUCAGCGUACAACUUCUACAGACACUAAAUAUUUUAUUUGAAAAUAUUAAAAAUGAAACCUCACUCUAUUAUUUAUUAUCAAAUAAUUAUAUUAAUUUUAUAAUUGUACACAGAUUUGAUUUUUCUGAUGAAGAGAUUCUUGCCUAUUAUAUAUCAUUUUUGAAAACAUUAUCUCUGAAAUUGAACUCUCAUACAAUACAUUUCUUUUAUAAUGAGCACACCAAUGAUUUUGCCCUUUAUACAGAAGCGAUUAAAUUUUUCAAUCAUCCUGAAAGCAUGGUUAGGAUAGCAGUAAGAACAUUGACACUGAAUGUGUACAGAGUGAAUGAGAAACCAAUGUUAACGUAUAUACGUAAUUGUACAGCGGCACCGUAUUUCUCAAAUUUGAUUUGGUUUAUUGGAAAUCAUGUAUUGGAACUGGACUGCUGUGUAAGGAAUGAUACAGAUCAUCAAAGUAGAAACCGAUUAGCAGAUUUGGUAGCGGAACAUUUAGAUCAUCUUCAUUAUCUUAACGACAUAUUACAAUUAAACAUUGAAUGUUUAAACGAAGUCCUGACAGACCAGUUAUUAAACAGAUUAUUAUUACCGUUAUACGUGUAUUCUUUAACAAAAGACAACAGAUACGACAUGAAGGAGGACAAACCACAUAUACAUUCAAUAGUUUCAUUAUUCCUUCUAUCUCAGGUAUUCCUUAUACUGUCUCACAACCCGCUGAUCACACGGUUAGCUGACAUAAUAUUCAACGGUGAAAUAGAUACAUUGUCAGGGCAGUCAACUGAUAUAGGUGAAGGAGAGAUGAGCAGAAGGGGAUUUGUCGCUCCAUUGGAAACGUUAGUAAAAUCACUGGAAUCCUCAAAGGUCUCAUCACUAAAAUUUUCAAAACGACGUCCAAGAUACAAUGAUUCUUCUCCAGAUGAAGCAGAGGAAGAAGAAAAUGCAGACAACAACCAAGAAGAAAAGGAAGAGGAAGAAGAAGAAGAUGAUGAUGAUGAUGUUAUUGGUGAUAAAGUAGAGUCUAAGUUUGAUGAACAUCAUAUUGAUGUUGAAAUGAAUGAUCAACAAUUUUGUUUCAUUUCUAGACCUUACUGGUUGGCUAUUAUCAACACGUUAGAGUGCAGUGACUCUGACUAUAAGGCGUUAUUUUCACUAUGUUUGUUGUAUGCACUUGGUACAAAUGAAAGCAUCAGACCCGAGAUAUUAGAUGCUGGCAAACUAACUUCAAGGAAACAGGAUAAACAGUAUUACAAUUGCAGUUUAGUGGAGAAAUUAAUCACAAUACUAAGUCUGAGUUGUCAAUAUAACAGUAAAGUGAGGCCAGUUACAUUACAGAUGUCAAUUUUAUUAUUGAAACAAUUAGUGUAUUCAGAUGGUCAAUGUUUUCUACAAGAUAUGCAUUUAGCUUGUAUUGAGGGUUCAAGGGAGGAGAGCAAAUUAAUGCUGAGGAAUUUCUUUAAGGGGGAUGAAUUGUUUCUAGACAUGUUUGAAGACGAGUACAAGAACCUGCAGUUGAGACCUUUAAAUGUUGAGUUCCUAACCAUGGAUGCCUCUAUUCUACUGGCACCAACUGGUACACCGUUAACUGGAAUUGAAUUUGCUAAAAGACUGCCCUCUGGAGAUCUAGAACGAACAAGACGGGCUAUUAGAGUAUUUUUCAUGUUACGAGAUCUGUCCUUGACCCUGUGUGGAGAAACGGAAACAAGGUUACCAUUAACAAGGCAGGAAGAGCUGGUUAGCGUAACCGAUAAAUUAGAUUUAAAUAAUAGAGAUCUUAUUGCAUGUACUGUUGUGCAUAAAGAUAAGGUGACAAAUCCUAAACGACAAAGACGUUUUCUUGUAAUUGACCCACUGCAGUUGAUACUGGUGGAACCAGAUACAAAGAAGCUAGGAUGGGGCGUGGCAACAUUUGUAGGACCACUACAGGAUGUUGAAGUUACUGGUGACAAAGAAGACAGUAGAUCUUUACAUGUAACUAUACACAAGAGGGCUAACAGUGCACAUGUUAAACCCAUGCCACUGUUGAGUGCAAGGUUUAUAUUUGAUGAUCACAUUAGAUGUAUGGCUGCCAAGCAAAGAUUAACUAAAGGUCGCACAAAGGCUAGACAGCGUAAAAUGGAAGCGAUAGCUAUAUUGCUUGAUUUGCCUCAUUCGACCGGACCGCCUUUAAUACACGGCCCUACCUCACAUCCUGGUAUGGCUGUACCAGCAUCUGCUGUACAAACACCAUUCAGAACAUAUUCAGAUCAGUCUUAUGCCAGAAGAACACCGUCAUCAGAUCCAGCGAUACAGAGAUCAGUGUUUGCCUCUGUUGAUAAAGUAUCAGGUUUUACAACAUCUCAAAGAAGAUCUAUUGAAUUUGUUCAUCAAGUACCGGCAUAUCAAGUUAGACCGGCUGUAUCACAACCUGAAUCACCGUAUAUACAGCGUGACUCAUCUGUAGAAAUUGAACAAGCACAGGAAGCAACAUCUCCAUCUGCUUACAGCGCCCAUCAGAGUCAUAAAGAGUCCAGUGACGACACGCUUUCUGUCGAGAGUGAGCAAACCACCAUGUCUCCAAUUUUAAUGCCUGCCAAGUCGCCGGCUACCUUACUCAUUGCAGGUCAAACAUCAACAGAGACCGGCUCACCUAAGAUACUGCCCCCUACCUCAACUGAAAGAGUUCGCAGUUUGAGCAGUGCUUCCACAGGUUCCGAGAACGAAGGUGUAGAUAGAUUUGGUAAAGGAAUAAGUAAACUUAGUUUUGGGAAAUCUCAAGCUCCUGUUAGUGUGAAUGAAGCGAGGGCAGAGGGGGAAUCAUCACAUGGUAAAAUCACUCUUGGAUCAUUAAACAGACUUGCACAUCAUAGGAGUCCAAAAAAUAAGUUAGAAUCAGACGGGAUUGAAAUGACAAGUUUCAAAGUGACCACGACAUCAACUGUGCCAACUCCUGGUAGUGAAGAAAGUUUAGAUUUAAAUCAGUACCUUCCAGAGUGCGAGCAAGAAAACCUUGGGAAUUGUGCUUAUGAUUCUACUCGAAUGAGCGAACAAGAGGCUACUGCAGGUGGGGUAGCUGAUGUCCAGCUUGAUGAACCUGAGGGUGCCAUUGGUGGUGUACUCGAUGUUACUGGAGAGACAGUCUCAGAUGAAGCUGAAGGUGCUGUUGGUGGCCUACUCGAUGGUGCAACAGUCUCAGACGAAGCACAAGAUGCUGUUGGGAGUGUAUUAGAUGGAACAAAAGAAGCAACUUCACACAAAGAAGAGUUUGAAUCUGAAGAAACUUCGGAUGAAGUGGAAGGUGCCAUCGGUGGCGUUGAGAUUGAUUCUGAGGAAGCCUCUAGCGACUUUGAUGUAGCAUUGCAAGAUAUGGUUCAAUCGCAGUUUGAAAGUCUUACUCAAAGAAAUCAAACAAAACAAGACAACGGUCAAGAUGAUACAAAUCUGGAUCCAGAGUGUGACUUCAAGGAUGAGGAGAAUGAAUAUGCUGAGAAGGAAUGUGAAGUGAGAGACAACGAACAAGCCGAAGGUGAGGAAACUAGAACUACACUUACUGUUGCUGCUAGGACACAACCUGAUGCAAGGCAGUGUGAGGAUGUUGCUAGGAGACCAGAUGGACAAGAUGAAAUCAGUGAUUCAGAUGAUUCAGGGACUUUCCCUGAAGAUGAAAAAGAUUUUUCGAGCAGUAUGCGUACAGUAUAA